AUGCUCACCGCCUAUUUUAAGGCAAAUCGAGACUAUGAGUGGGCAAGAAACACCUUGUACAGAGAUUUCCCGCUGAUCGCCAGAUGGUUGCCAGGAACAAAGACGUGGAUAGAAAGACAACAACGCCCACAAGUUGGGAGAAUUGUGUCUGCCCACCCAGCUGAAGGUGAGCGGUACUAUCUAAGGGUUCUUCUAAACCACGUGACCGGUGCUACAUCAUUUGAAGACCUAAAGACCGUCAACAAUGUUCAUUGUCGAACCUUUCAAGAGGCUGCUGAAAAAAGGGGUCUUAUCGAGGCUGACAAUACACUUGAUGAUUGCCUUACAGAAGCUGAGCUAUUCCAGAUGCCGCCGUCUCUUCAGAGAUUGUUCGCCACAAUAUUGGUUUUUUGUGAGCCGAGACAUGUUCGCACACUCUGGAACAAGCACCUUGAAGCAAUGUCAGAUGACUACCGCCGAAUCCAACGAAGUCAGCAUGCAGUUGAGCAGUUGGUGUUGUUGGAUAUUAGAAAUAUGCUCCGAUCAAUGGGGAAGGACAUAAGGUCAUUCCCUUUGCCUGACAUUGACGAGUCGUAUGACAACUCAGGUGGAGUGGACAGAGAGAUCAUCGAGGAGACCUCGGUUGAGGCAGACCAGGAUCAUGCCUCACUAUUAUUAUCUCUUAAUCCCGAGCAAAAGUAUGCUUACGAGAAAAUACUGAGCUCAGUUGAUAGUCGUGAUGGAGGUUUAUUCUUUGUUGAUGGCCCAGGAGGGACCGGAAAAACGUUCCUAUAUAGAACAUUGCUUACAAAGGUCCGGGGUGAGGGGAAAAUAGCAAUUGCUACCGCGACAUCAGGAGUAGCUGCUUCUAUCAUGCCUGGAGGUAGGACUGCACACUCUAGAUUCAAAAUCCCCCUGAACAUACAAGAAGGUGGCGUUUGUAACUUCACCAAGCAGAGUGGGACGGCCAAACUUCUUCAAAAGGCAUCGCUCAUAAUAUGGGAUGAAGUCCCAAUGACAAAGAGACAAGCAGUGGAGGCCCUUGACAAGAGCAUGAGGGACAUCAUGGGCCAACCAUAUGUGCCAUUUGGAGGAAAGACAAUCGUGUUCGGAGGAGAUUUUAGGCAGGUGCUCCCUGUCGUGAGAAAGGGGUCUAGAGGGCAAAUCACAAAUGCAACACUUCGUAAGUCUUACUUGUGGGAUAGUAUGCACCAGUUGAAGCUUGUCCGUAACAUGAGUGCUCAAUCAGACCAAUGGUUUUCAGACUAUCUUCUACGUAUUGGGAAUGGCACUGAUCAACUCAUGGAUGAAGACCGUGUGGAGCUUCCUGACGAGAUAUGUGUGCCGUACACUGGUGCGGACUCUAACAUUGGUGAUCUCAUCGAUCAUAUCUUUCCGAUGUUGGCUGCAAACACCUGCAAUACGGAUUACAUUACUUCUCGGGCUAUUCUAUCAACAAGGAAUGAGUAUGUUGAUAAAAUAAACAUGCAACUGAUUGAAUGCUUUCCCGGGGAUGAAGUGAUAUAUCAUAGUUUUGAUCGUGCGGAGGAUGAUCCUCACAAUAACUACCCUUCAGAAUUUUUGAAUUCUCUCACACCCAAUGGCUUUCCUCCCCAUGUGCUCAAGCUGAAGGUCAAUUGCCCCGUGAUCUUGCUGCGAAACCUCGAUCCAGCUAAUGGUUUGUGUAAAGGAACGAGGUUGGUAGUCCGUGCAUUCCAGAGAAAUGCCAUAGAUGCCGAAAUUGUGAUCGGACAACAUGCAAGAAAGAGAGUAUUUCUACCUCGAAUACCGCUGUGCCCGUCAGAUGAUGAAAUGUUUCCUUUUAGGUUCAAGAGGAAACAGUUUCCUAUCAGGCUAUGCUUUGCUAUGACCAUAAAUAAGGCACAAGGGCAAACGAUACCAAAUGUAGGAGUCUACCUCCCUCGUCCCGUGUUUUCCCAUGGACAGCUGUAUGUCGCUCUGUCUCGUGCUACAUCCAGAAACAAGCUUAAAGUUCUCGCUGCACCGUUAAAUGAUGAUGAUGAUAGCUCUAUUACUGUGGGGACAGUUACCAAGAAUAUUGUGUACAAAGAUGUAGUCACAUCGUAG